GAUCCGGACAUCACCUCCCGAGGGGCUUUUUCUUGUUUAUCAUCUCGGUUUGCGCGUUAUCGAUGCGUAAUGUCUCCAAUCAAGGAUUUCAAAUUGAAGUAUGAAGCUCUUAAUAAGCAAAAUUUUUUCGUCGCGGGAGAUACAGUCAAAGGCACGCUGACUUUCACUUUAACAGAAGAAAUGAAAGUCAAAUAUCUGUACGUGAAAGCUAAAGGAGACGCAAACGUGCACUGGAGUGAAGGACAGGGGGAGCACAGACACUCACACACUAAACAUGAGAGGUUUUACAAAGCCAAAGAGCUUCUGAUCCCUGAAAAUGCAGAUGAAAUUGUUCUUCCAAAGGGAGACCAUUGCUAUCAGUUCAAGCUUAAAAUACCAGAGGGAAACAUCCCACCAUCCUUCAAGGGUUUUCAUGGCAAAAUUGUCCAUGUGCUUCAGGCAAAGCUGAAAAGGAGCUCCAUUCACCCAUCUACUUCAAAGAAAAAGGAGCUGUAUUUUAUGGCUAGAUCUGUUUUACCUUCUGACCAGUCUCCCCAGACUGGUUCGGUCGAUAAAAAGGUGGGAACAUUCUCCAAAGGUCAAGUUCAUUUGAGUGCCACUGUGAACAAACGGGUUUUCGCACCAGGGGAAAAUAUACAUGUUACUGCCAAAGUCAAGAACAAAUCUUCCAAGAAAAUGCGGAUCAAGUAUAGCAUAGAUCAAAAAACAUUGUACCGAGCAUACCACCAUGCAAAGAUUUAUAAUGAAACUGUGUGCAAAAUUGCUGGAGAGAACAUUGAACCCGACUCUGAGGGUGAGUUCUCCUGCUCCAUCCCAGUCCCUGUAGAUAGCAAGCUCAGCAUCCUCAACUGUGAGAUCAUCACUGUGGAGUUCUAUAUGAAGACAUAUUUGGACAUCAGUUUUGGCAUUGACCCUGAAGUGUCGCUCCCACUGAUCAUUGCUGCUCCAGAUCCCAUUGGUCAACAUGGCUCCAAAAAUGUCUCCGGGGCAGUAUCUGGUCCGAGCUCCAGUGAUUUUCCUCCACCUUUCUCUGGUCCUUAUCCUCCGGGUCCACCAAACGCAUAUGCAUACCCUCCACCAGGUCCUAAUCAAUACCCACAAAUUCCUCCUGGGGGCUACUACAAUCCUGUACCGGGCUACAGCAAUCAAAUGCCCCCGCAGCCCGUUGCAUAUGGGUAUCCAGCAGCGCCUGCAGUGCCUUAUCCAGGGCAGCCUCCACUCAGUACAAUGAAUGCUCAGUUUCCACAAAACCAAGCACCUCCAUCUUAUAUGUCUCUCUAUCCACCUUCACAAAGCGGAACAGAUAUGGACAAAAAGACACAGCUUUAAGCGCUCAUUAUCAAAUAAAUAAUGUAGCAAUACAAAAAUGGAUGCAAAACGUAGUCAGACUCACCUGUAAAGUCUACUUCAGCUGAUUACUUUUACCUAUCUGAGUUGUAUAAAACCUCAUCACUUAAUAUGCACAAAAUCCUUGUCAUCUUUAAUUGUAAUCUUUAAAGUUCUUAAAUAAACAUUUUAGCCAAC